UUACGUAUUGUUAUAGUGUACUUUUGCUUACUGGUAGUCUACUGUAUUUAGGACAUCUAUUUUUGUUUUGGAAAAACUGGAAAAUCGCCAAAUGACGUGCGAAAACAAGCCUGACAGUAUGAGUGUCUAUGUGUCUGUUCCAUCUGGUAUUGACAGAAUGAAUUAGCUUGUUCAAGCACUAACAAGCUGCUCCUUUGAGUGAGGCAAGUGCAUAACUGGAUUACAGUAGGAUGUUGAUGGUCUCAGCAAAGACAGACAGAGUGAAAGCAGAAGACAAAAAGAAGAGUGACAGACAGGGUGGCGGACAUACAGAGGGAUGGAGUGACAGACAGACAGAGACAGAGUAACAGCAGAGAAGAUGCAGAGACAGACACAACAGGGAGGCAACAGAUGCACAGCUAUAGUGGGGCCAGCAGAGGAGAGGACCCUGAGUUGCCACUGCACACGGUGCCUCAUCUCCAGGCAGAACCCAGGUGACUCCAUCGUGGUGGAGGACUUCAGGAGAAAGCUCAAGUACUUUUUUAUGAACCCCUGUGAAAAAUAUAGAGCCAGGGGCCGGAAACCAUGGAAACUGAUGUUACAGAUUCUGAAAAUCGCCAUCAUAACCUUCCAGUUAGUGUCUUUUGGAUUGAGUAACCAGAUGAUGGUGACCUUCAAAGAUGAAAAUCUGAUGGUGUUUAAGCACCUCUUCCUGAAAGAAUACCAGGACCAACGUGUGGACAGAUAUGCAGUGUACACAAAAACAGAUGUGUAUGACCACAUCUAUUACAUAAUCCGUAGGUUCAUAAACCUUCAGAACCUGACUGUAGGGAACCAUGGGUAUGAGACGAUGCAGGGAGGGUACAUCCCUCUGAUCCUCUGUCAAGAGUUCUACAGGAACAGCAACAUCUCCCCUGGCAACGACACCUUUAAUAUAGACCCACAUGUCGACAAAGAAUGUAUUUCCAUUUAUCCACUGGAGCCACUGGAUGAUAACAGUUUGUCAAAAGACGUGAACCUUUCUUUGGAUUUUAAAAGGCUGCUGUCAGUAAACAUCUACCUCACGCUGAAAGCCAUCAACCUCCAGACAGUGCGCCACCAUGUGUUCCCAGACUGUUAUGACUUCACUAUAACUAUAGAGUUUGACAAUCGUGCAUGCAGUGGGAGGAUAAAGAUUAACUUGGAAAAUGAUGUUGGAAUAAAUGAAUGUAAAGACUGGAAUGUUGCAGGCACUUUUAUGAAGAACAACCAGCUGUUGCUGAUUGAUUCCAUGGUCAUUAUUGCCUGCUUUAUGUCUCUUAUAUUGUGCAUACGGUCUGUCUGCAGUGGAACUCAGCUCCAGCUUCAUUACACUGCAUUCUUCCACACCUACUAUGGCAAAACAGUGUCCUGGUCUGAGCGCUGGGAGUUUGUGAAUGGAUGGUACAUUCUGAUAAUCGUCAGUGACACUCUGACCAUCGCUGGAUCUGCUCUCAAAAUAGGGAUACAGACAAAGGACCUUACAAACUAUGAUGUGUGCAGUAUUUUGCUCGGGGCAUCCACAAUACUGGUCUGGGUUGGAGUUAUUCGGUAUCUGGGAUUCUUUCAGAAAUAUAACAUCCUAAUCCUGACCCUAAGGGCAGCAUUUCCAAAUGUGAUACGCUUCUCCUGCUGCGCUGGCUUAAUCUACCUGGGCUACUGUUUCUGUGGCUGGAUCGUUUUGGGUCCGUAUCAUGAGAAGUUCCGGACAUUGGACAAGGUGACAGAGUGCCUGUUCUCUCUGAUCAUUGGUGACGACUCGUAUUCCACCUUUAAGAAGAUGAGAGAGAAGAACUACAUGGUGUGGCUGUUUAGCAGGCUCUACCUCUACUCCUUCAUCUCUCUGUUCAGCUACAUGUUGCUCAGUCUGUUCAUCGCCUUCAUCACUGACACGUACGAGACCAUCAAGCAACACCAGAAGGACAGGGUCCUGGUGUCCCCGCUGCAGGCCUUCAUGGCUGACUGUUCAGACCAGCCAGACCCUGGGAAGCACAGCAUAGAACAUGAACCCACCUUCUGCUGCUUUGGAUAAAACCUGUAAAGAUGCCAUAAGUGUGUGUGUGUGUGUGUGUGUGUGCACAUGUUUGUAUGUGUGUUCUAAUUCAAUUCCCUCUGUCUUAAUACUUCAAAUAGAAAAUAUAAGUUUAAAGUCUUUCAAAUAAAUCCUUACUAAAUAAGGGCAUGUGAUACA